GUCCUUCUGAAAGAGAUCAGGACAGUCUUUGAAAGAUAUUAAAAUAUUUAAAAAAUAAAUAAAUGAAUCCACGGACGCUCAAUCGCAAGUCAUGUUUAGCGAUAUUUUUUAUGACUAUUAAAAAGAUGUUUUAAAAUAUAUCAUACGGGAUUUAAACAUAGUUUGUUUAUAAACGGUGAUUUUGCGAACGAUUAAAAAAAAAAAAACAACAACAAAAAACCGGAGGAUUUAAAAAAAAUUAGUGACAUCGUACAUUGGACUUUUCAAAAGAUGGAAGGACAGAAAUGUUCCAAAUAUUUCCUUGUAUUAGUAAACGUUUUCAUCUUUUUGGCGGGUGGCGCGUGUUUUGCUGCCGGACUGAUGUUCAAGCUGGACAGUGGGUUCCUGGAAAAUGACGUCAUUAAUUUGUUCAAUGAAAUACAGUACAGUAAUAUACCAAUCGGGUUCAUGAGCGAUUUUUUCGCGUAUUUAAUGAUGGUAUUUGGAGGUCUUAUACUAUGUGUGGCUGUACUUGGUAUGUGUGGAGCUUGGAAGACUUCGAAAUCUUGUCUUUGGGUUUUUAUCGUGUUAGUUGUAUUUUUUCUGCUGGUAGAAGGUGUAUUGAUUGGUCUAUGGAUGAGUAUGAGAGGAAGGACUGACCAAUGGCUUAAGGGUCAAAUGUUGGAUCUACUGAAAGAUUAUGCCGGUCCAGAUCAAACAGACAAAACUUCCAAAGGAUGGAACAAACUCUUUAUUGAGGCACGAUGUUGCGGCGUUAAUGACCAGUUUAAAGAUGGCGGUACUAACAGUGAUUUCACCGAACUUCCUACAACGUGGACCUCUGGCACGGAUAAAGUACCUGCCACGUGUUGUCAAGGCGUCGAUUCAGACACGGUGUCCGAUUAUGUCAAUUCAGCUGCUUGUACUAAUACUCCGUCAAACUUUUAUACAGAGGGUUGCUAUGACCGGGUCGUAUCGUACAUAAAUAUUUACAGUCUAAUUAGCAUUGUGGCUUGUGGUGUCUGCAUUUUGGGCGAGAUUAUGGGAAUCACUGCGGCUUGUGUUCUCAUCGACAAGGCUAGAUCAUCUAAAGUUGGAGACGGACAUGACCGGCGUUUAAAGCCAAAACCUAAGGAUCAAGCCACUGUUGGAAGGACACCUAGAUACUGACACCUGACUUUGAUGUUAAAUUACGAAAACCACUCUCCUUCUCUCACGAUAGCAAAUAUCGUGUCUAAAUUUACUUAAAAAGAAGAGGAGAAUGGUUUCCUAAAAUCAUUGAGAUUACAAUAUCUCUUACAUGUAUGUCCAAUAAAUGAACUGCGCAAUUAUGUUACCCUCAUCUAUUUUCCGAUUUUACAACAAAAAUACGUAAUCCGGGGAGGUAACUUAAAUUGCAAAUUUAGAGUUCUUUACAUGUGUUACGUCCCUUGAAUCAAUCAUGAUUAUAAUGGCCAUCAAAUGCCAAAUAUCUGCAUAAGUUAUCAUUUUCUACAGACCACAUUUUAAGUUUUAUCUCUUAUAUGAUUUCUUUUCAUUUGAAGUUUUUAUGACGAGCAAAAAGACAUUCAUUAGUAUGAGUGAGGAUAAUUCUUGUUAGAGUUCUAUGAGCAAUGUUAUUCUAGGAAUUGUUUUUACUUUUGUUAUUAUUCAUCUCUUUUUUAUAUAAAACAUUUAUUUCAAUAAUGUU